AUGCUUCUUAGCACUAUCCUACUCCUGGCUGGAGCACAGUCUGUAUUUGCCAAAUGCAAAUGUGCCCCUACAGAUGAGUGCUGGCCCUCUACAGACACAUGGAGCGCCCUAAACAGCUCCGUUCACGGAAAGCUGACGCGCAACGAGCCAAUUGCUAAACCGUGCUACCAAGGCCCAGGCUACAGUUCCCAGCUCUGUCAGACUAUCAGCUCCAAUUGGACAAGCAACGAGUACCUGGCAAAAUCUCCCAUUGGAUAUAGCUAUCCACUUGUGGAAAGCUGCCCCCCUGUCAAUGCCACUCUGGCUGGAUAUCCACAGUGCGACCUGGGCAACUAUCCCGUCUACAGUGUCAAGGCGACAACCGCAGCUGACGUUACUGCCGGGAUUAAGUUUGCAAGGGAUCACAAUGUGAGGUUGGUCAUAAAAAACACAGGUCAUGAUAUUUCGCAGCGAUCGCAAGGAUAUGGUAGCCUUUCCAUUUGGAUCAAGUCCAUACAAGAUGGACUACAUUAUCACGACAGAUACGUUCCUGGGAAUGGAUCCUGUCCAUCCAACUGGACUGGAAGUGCCAUCACCGUAGGCGGUGGAUAUGUGUGGCAGGACGUAUACGAUUUUGCUGCCACGCAUGGUGUCAUCGCUGUUGGUGGCGCAGAUCCGACUGUUGGUGUCCUUGGAGGCUUCAUGCAAGGUGGUGGCCAUGGCCCCGUUAGCCACUUCUUUGGACUCGGGGCAGACCAGGUUCUGGAAUACAAAGUUGUUUUAGCAUCUGGAAAGCUUGUCACUGCCAACGCCUGUCAGUAUGCAGACCUCUUCACUGCCCUCCGUGGAGGUGGUGGAGGCACCUAUGGUGUAGUCUUAUCGACCACCAUCAAAGCCCACCCAACGCGUCCUGUCCUGGGCCAUAACCUGGACAUCGUUUCACUGAACGGAAAUGACGAUGCCGUUAUCAACGCUACUGGCAACAUAAUGUCCAAAUUGCCAGCUCUCUCAGACGCAGGAUACUCUGGCACUGCAAUCCUCACACCCUAUGCCGGACCGCUGGUAUAUACCCAGCCUUUCCUGAAUCUGCUUGAGAACAAUUCCACCGAGGCAUUAGAGAGCGCCAAAGACGCCAUGAAACGGCUUAUCCUAGAUGACCUGCUCCAGCACAACGGAACCUCGUAUCUGGUUCUAUCCACCUUCACCACCUAUCCGACCUUCCAUGCAUACUACUCCGGCACGCACCAUACAACACCGGGUUCGAACAGGCCGAUCAUGGCGUCACGACUCUUUGACAAGCAAACAUUGGAAUCCCCAAAGAACAAUCUAACAAGCCUUCUUGAGACCGUCACUACUCAGACCGUCCCCAACAGCACCCUUUGGGCAACCUUGUUCAACAUCGUGGCCGGUGGAAAGGUUCUCGACCCCGUCCCUCAUACAUCCAUGAAUCCCGCGUGGCGAAGGUCCCACCUCUUAUUCCAGCAAAUCGAUGUCUGGCCCGACAAUGCCGGCACCGAGGAGAUUCAACAAUACCGAAACGCUCUCACCCAAAUGAAAUUGAAAGCAAUGAAGGACAUGGCUCCGGGUAUGGGAACAUAUUUAAACGAGGCCGAUCCGUACGAUCCGGACUGGAGGCAGGACUGGUUUGGAAAUAACUACAACUGGCUUUUGUCCGUAAAGAAGAAGUAUGACCCGGAAAAUGUGUUUUGGUGUUGGCGAUGUGUCGGGAACGAGGGCUGGGAGGAGGUGGUAGGCGGCGCGUGGUUUGGACCGCUGUGUGAAACAGGGAAAUAG